AUGGAGGUUGAUCUUUGUUUCGUAGUAGACUGCACCGGCUCUAUGGCGAGUCACAUUGAUGCCACCAAGGAGUGCAUAAUUGCUGUAGAAGAAUAUAUGGGAAAGAUAGAACCAAAAAUUAAAGUUCGUUUUGGCUUCAUCGGUUACCGCGACCAUUGCGACAGCAAACGUUUUGAGUGUUUAAAUUUCACUGAUUCGCACGAAGAAUUUAAAGAUUUCGUGGCGGAAGUUGUAGCUACUGGUGGCGGAGAUACCCCGGAAGACGUUCUGGGUGGCCUUAACGAGGCCAUAACCAUAAUGACCUGGCGCAAUGAAUUUCGUGUCCUUUUACACGUUUGUGACGCCCCACCACAUGGUCUUCGUUUCAAUAACUUGGCAGACACUUAUCCGGAAGGCGACCCGCAUGGCCUAACUGCAGAAGAUGUACUUAAAAAUAUGAAAUCGAAAAAUAUCUGCUACUUUUUUGGAAGGAUCACUAGUCUCACAAAUGAGAUGGUUCGCAUAUUUCAAAGUAUACUCGGGGAGUUUGAUGUAUUUGAUCUUGAGGAAGUAAACGAUAAGCCGGAGCAAUUGACCUUUAAAUUUUUUAAUGCCGCAUGUACUGCUAUCACUACGGCUAUAUCGUUAAGAGAGUAG